CCUUGGUGGGAUGUGUUUGUUGUGCCGUUUCCAGGGGUAACCCUCUCUGUCAACUGGGCAGUUUUGCACCAGCUGACAAUGGAAGAGGUUCUGGCGGAAGAUAAAGUGCUCGAGAAGCUAUCGAUUAGGCCCAGAAGAAGGGCUUUUGUGGGUGGAAGUACGUCCUCCAAUGCUUCAGGAGAGGCUCCGGUUGUUCAAGUUGAGAUGGCAGAUGUCCAUCCACGAAGACCAGUUCCUAUGCCACGAAAGGCUGUCCAGGAAACGAAAAUUGUGCAGGAGAUUGUGGAUUUAACGUCAGUUGAGUCUGAUGGGUCUGGUAGGGAUAUCUUCUUUGCUGAGAGUCGGAAGAAUACAAUUAUUCAGCCUGAAGUUGAGAACCCUCAAGCCAAGCUUGAGAGAAUUGCAAGUGAAUCAUCAGCUAAACCUGAAUCUUCAACAAAUCAUGAAUCUUCAAUUUCAUCUGCAAGAUAUUCAAGAGAAGAUCAUUCGGAUUUAAAUGAAUUCUCUGAAGAAGCAACAUCAGUUUCCGUAGAAACAGAAAGUUUUGCAACAAAGAAGCACAAGAAGAAAAGCAAGAGUCAUUCUCAGAAUAAAUACUCUGAAUUGGAGGAAAAUGAAGGAUUCAACUACGAAUAUAUUAUAGGAAUUUAUCUUCAUCAUAUUGUCAAGUUGAAGAUGCAAAAGUCAAAAUCUUCGCAAGGUCCAAGAAUUAAAGUAUCUUGGUUUGAUCUUGACAAGGAGGAGUUACUGAAGAAAAGCGAUUCCAACCGCAAUGUCAGCCUUCACAAUGAACCAGAUCACUUGGACUUCAUUCAGCCCCUGAUCAGUCGGGAAAGUCGAGUUCAGAAAGGUCCGAAAUCAAAGUAUAUUUCCUGUGAGUGGGAAGAACUGUUGAUCUUCAAUGAAGAUAUCAAUCGUGUGAAGAGUGGUCGGGAAAUUGUCUUCUUUGAACUUGUAUACGUUGACAAAAAUGGCUUUGAGGGCAUAUGCUGGGCCUUUCUAAAACCCUACCUUGAAAAUAAUUUUAGUAACAUCGAUAAACGAAGCGAACUGCAGUUGUACGAAUAUCACAAAUCACGAAAAGAAUUUUUAGGGAUUUUUGAUCAGUUCAAGAAGCCAAAGAAAAAGUUCCCAGCAACAAUUGUUGUUACACUUAAAGGAGUUAAACCUCUACCUUCGGAUCAUGAAAAUUCAUUGAGGCCUAUGAAUGUCCUACAGAAGGAAAUAGUUCAGGAAUUUAAAGAGUCCGCAGAACAAGAAUGUGUAGAUGCUCCUAUAAAUCCAGUUGAGGAAGUACAGAAAUCGAGGAAGAAACUUCCUGGACAACAGUGCAAGUGUCCCAAUCAGUUGGCUAAACAAAAUAGAAGUGGGCAGAAAGGUAGUUUCCUUGUUCGAUUCCACCCAGAUGGAAAUAUUCUGUCCUAUUCUGUAGUAGAUGUUCAGAAAGUAGACGUUGUUUUGGCAUCAGUUCCCGGCCUAGAUAUCAUUUGCUGUCUUGUAGGGCAUACAGCAUCUGUCUAUGAUAUGGACUUCUGGACAAAGAUAGAUAAGAAUCAGAACAAGAAGGAUAUUUAUCCGAUCGUUCUUGCAACGGCAUCUGCAGACAGAACGGUAGCCAUCUGGAAUGUUAAGCAGGAUGGAUACAGUUCAAAGACUCUGCCUCAUCCAUCCUUCGUCUACUGCUGCCGAUUUAUUCAUAUUACUGAGUUCAAAGAAGUCCUUAUAACAGGAAGUCGUGACUGUGUGAUUCGCCUAUGGGAUUUUGAAGGUCCAGAAGACUGUGUGUACUUCGACGAACUGACUAAACACGAAGGUUUUGUUACUUGUCUCUGCGUUAGAAACACAACCGGAAUAUUCUUCAGCGGCGACAGCGAAGGAGUUGUGAUUGAAUGGAAAUGGAAGAAUGAUACUUUUGAAGCUUUGCGAUCCCUUUCAAUUAAUAUGAUUGAUCGUGAGAUUAUCCAUAGUUUGAUAUUGCAUAAACGAGGCGAAAAGAUCCUUGUUGGAAGUUCUGGAAAUACGAUCUAUUGUGUCGAUAUGAAGUCCAAGGUAGUUUUGCGAGCAUAUAGAAAUUCUUCCUUGGACGAAUGUCGAUCGGCAUUCAGAUUCACUUUGACACCCUGUGGAAAUCUUCUGUUUGGAAGUUCUGAUCAUGAGAUUGUGUGCUGGAACACUGUGACUGGUGAUAAUGUUGAGAUCGAAUUUGAUCUACCUGAACUAUCUUCGGAUACUUUCAUAAGUGGCUUGGAUUUUCAUCCUCAUGACUCUGUUCUGGUACUUGGAAUUUAUGGAAGCGGUGGAGGUAUUAUCAUGUUUGAUCACACGAUCAAGGAAGAGAGCUCAAAAUCCGCUAUUAAAACCAGAUUUAGGCAGCUUGGAAGUGAUCUUCGACGAAAAAUCGAAGUUAAAAAUAAACUUACCGAGAUUAUCAGGAAGAUCGAUGAUGUCUUCCUGAUCCCUAAAAAUUCUUCGCGACUCUCUGAUGAUGAUAAGCUGUUGGAGAAGAAAUUGUCUAAAAAUCGAGAAGAGAUAACUGAAUGGUUAAAUAAUGUGGCAACCCAUUCAAUGAAGCUACCAUCGAGUAUUUCUCAUAGCUCAACGUAUACCAUUCACAAGGAUUCUGAGGAAUCUUCUGAUGAUAAUGCCACUUUUACAGUCGAUGCUCCUCCACCAAAACCACCACGAUCAAGGAUUCCAGUGAGGUCCAAAGCUAAGCCUGAGAAACACAAUGUUGACAAUGAAGCUAAUCUUACUUACGAAAUUGCACCAAAAUCUGAUCCGGAGUCUGAUGAUACCACCAUUUCAGAGGAGCUUCAAUAAAAUAGAGGAAACGGGUAAAACUUCAAUCAUUUUCUGCAAAAUGCAAUAAUAAUCUAAACCUAAAGAUAUAUUUUUUGUGAAAUAUUUUAAUUGCAAUAAAAAACGCUUCA